GGCGAAGGACUCUAAACUCUCGCGAUGAUAUCCUCAGAUGAGCUCACAGCCCGGAAAAAUGACGUCUUGUCAACAAGACUAACAAAGUACAAAAGGCCUGCCCCAAAGUCCUGCUGAAUUGCCACCCAGCCAACAGUUUCUGCUUUUCAUUGUCCCCAUGACAACACCUCAUUUGGCCUCGUUUCCCGGGCAACAGGCUCAGGCUGCACGGGAUGUGAACACAGCUUCACUAUGCCGGAUCGGGCAAGAGACGGUACAGGACAUCGUCCUAAGAACUAUGGAGAUCUUUCAGUUGCUGAGGAACAUGCAACUCCCGAAUGGAGUGACCUAUCAUCCCAACACUCAUCAGGACCGGUUAGGAAAACUGCAGGAACACUUGCGGAUGCUCUCUGUACUUUUCCGGAAGCUACGUCUUGUUUAUGACAAAUGCAAUGAGAAUUGUGCUGGUAUUGACAUUAUACCACCUGAGCAACUUAUUCCUUUCGUAGAAGACGACAGCUCUAAACUAGAUGACCGUGUGGUCAGUCAGAUGCGUGCAGCCAGUGAAGAGAGAAGAGAAGUGCUGGAAGUUAAUAAGAAACUUAAACAGAAGAACCAACAGCUGAAGACGAUUAUGGACCAGCUCAGAAACCUCAUCUGGGAGAUUAACUCCAUGCUGGCUGUCAGGAACUGAAUACAGAACCGCUGUCGGGAUACAGACGGUCUACGUAAGCGCUGCUUUCUGAGAUUGAAGAUACAGGAAAAGGCUGCGAGGCGAAAAAUUGAAAGACUGUAGAAAGCGCGAGGAUUGACCUGAAGAAAUUCUGCUACCCAUAAAGCAAGUGUGAAAUAGCGUUCAGUUCAGCCGAGUUGGAUUCAAUUUUCACCAUGAUGAACAUUAGAAGGUCUGAGCACUUCGCUCAUUAAGGCUGAUUUGUUUCAAAUGGAUGUUACUCAACUAUGUUCCUGAUAUUUCAAAGAGUUUGGAUUUUCUUAAGUUAUAAUUCUUUAAAUGUAACUCAAUGCAGAAAAAAUAUAGUGUAUAAAGUAAAAUGUGCUAUUAUAUUACAUAUUAGUGUGGCUGUAUUAUAUAUC